AUUGGAACCUUUAUUGUACGAUUGAAAACUGAAAGGAAAUGUAAUCACGUUAUCUUUUACUUUAAAAAAAGAAAACUUGCCUGUCAAGUAUUCUUUAGAGCAUCUUCAAUAAAUAAUAGUCGCCUCUGUUCAUUUUCUACCAUUUUAUUUCCAGGAAAAACGCCAAAAAACGGCUACGUGAAUGGAUGUCUACCUCCUGUUGUGUGGGACAAGAAAAUUCCAGACACAGAACUAAAUAAAUUUAAGAAAGUUGUUAAAGACAAGUACAAUUUACAUUUUGAUUCUUAUUGGGAUUUCCAAAGGUGGUCCGUAGAAAAUUAUGAAAAUUUCUGGGAAGAAAUAUGGAAUUAUUUCGGAGUCAUCACAUCCAAGCCUUAUGAUAAGGUCGUGGUUAAGACAGGAGAUGGUUUGCUGGAUUAUGAAUGGUUUCCUGGUGCGCGAUUCAACUAUGCUGAAAAUCUCUUGAGAAUAAGAGAUGACAGAGUAGCUCUCAUUUAUUACGAUGAAACUGGAUAUGAAGAGACAGUCACCUAUGCAGAGCUGUUCGAAGAAGUUAAGCUCUACUCGGCAGCCUUUCGAAAACAUGGCUUACAAAUAGGAGACACAGUUGCUUGUUAUAUGUCAAACAGAAAUGAAGCGAUUUUUGCCAUGCUAGCAACCACAAGUAUCGGCGCUAUAUGGGGUGGACCGACGCCUUACUAUGGAUCAAGGGCUUCAGCAAACAUUAUUCGAAAGAUGGAGGCCAAGUUCUUGAUUACUGUAGAUCAUCACCUAGACAUGGGAAAAGAUUACAAUCUGAUUGAAAAUAUACCUAUUAUAGCAAACAGUUGCCCUUCACUGGAGAAAAUAAUUAUCAUUCCUUCAAAAAAUGAAACAAAAACCAAAGGAAUAGCGCAUAUAAGAAACAGAAUUGAUAUUUUUUUGAAUAGUGGACGGAAUCCAGAUGGUACUGUUCCAGACAUAAUUUUCGAACAACUCCCUUUCAGUCAUCCCGUAUGCGUCCACUUCACUUCCGGCACCACUGGCCUUCCUAAAGCUCCAGUGCAUUCGGCAGGGAUGGGAUGGACUCUUUGGGGACGUGCAAUACCUUGCAUUGCACUAGGAGUCAAGCUCCUUCUCUAUUGCGGUAGCCCUUAUGUUGUAAAGGAUGGACGUAACAUAUGGGACAUCUUCUCUCAGUACAAAGUUAAAUAUGCCUAUUUUGUUACCAGUAUUUUAGAUAGACUAGAGAAAUUUCAGAUUGUGCCACGUCCAGAGUUAAAUUUAGAGCACUACCAGGUCCAACUUACUGGAGGAAGUCCUGCCAAAAUGCAAAAUUUUCAUUUCAUCCAUAAUAAGGUUAAAAAAGAUGUAUUUGUUGGCAGUCAAUAUGGAACCACAGAAUCGUUCGGAUGCAUCUCAGGAUUCGACUUAAACUUACCUUCUUAUGCUGGAGAAAUUCAAGCUCCUGCUCUUUUAAUGGAUCUCCGAUGUGUUGACAAAAAUGGUUGUUUUGUUAUUGGUGAACGAGGCGAAGCUGUCAUAGCAUCUCCUGCACCAAACUUUCCCCUUUAUUUGUGGAAAGACGACAACAACAGCAUGCUAAAAAAUAUUUAUCUUACCAAAUAUCCAGAAUUCUGGUAUCACAAUGAUGACUGUUGGGUCAAUCCAAAGACGAAAGGACUGAUUAUCAUUGGAAGAAGUGACGACACUCUAAUACAGAAUGGUGACCGAUUUGGACCUGGUGAUGUAUACUUUGCAAUUCACGAGAUGGAAGAAAUUCUGGAUUAUAUAUGUGUGAAUCAGAGUAGAAGUGAUGGUGACUCAAGAGCUGUCCUGUUUGUCAAACUAAUGCAGGACUGCAAAUUUACACCAGAGCUCAAGGAAAAGAUCUCAAAGACCAUAGAAAGGGAAUUGUCCGUCGACUGCGUACCAAACGUCAUUCUAGAAGCUCCGGAUAUACCUUACAACUUGAACAACAAAAGAAUGGAACGAGUUGUUAGGCAGAUUGUGGCUACGAAUGAAGUUCCUCAAGUCAGCAGCAUCAAGAAUCCGGACUGUUUGAAAUAUUUUUGCAACAUUCCAGAGCUCGUAAGUUACGACAAGUGAAGAAAGGUUCUGAAUCACAUUCAUUUCGAAUUAUUUCGAACACGUGAGUAUCGGAAGUGAUAUCUUCAAAGACGUAGAAGAGCACGCAUGUUUAAAAAAAUAUUUACAACGAACGCAGAUAAAAUCUGACUGCAUUUCUUUAAUGAUCAUAAGAAACAUGAACCAAUAAUUACCACAGGCAGUUUCCUAGUUGAUUUUAGCUCUAAGAUCUAAGAAAGCUUUUAUACUUAUUUAUUUCAUAACCUGAAGUGCAUUUUUAUUAUUAUGAAAAUUAAAUGCCUUUGUAAUUUAUACGUUUGCUCAACAUUUAUGUAGAUAAAUUUUUCAAUAAAUCAAAAUAUUACAAAA